AUGAGAAAGAGUGGAGUCAUUGAAGAAGCUGUUGGAAAAAUUAGGGCUAAAAUUGUAGUUGUACUGAGUGAUGGAGUUUCGUUUGAUACUAAAACCAAUAUGGAUGCAACAUUAGCAGAGACAAAAGCAGAAAUAAAAAGAUUACAGAGUCAGGGUGUUACAUUUGCAACAUACAACCUAUAUGAAUAUAUUAGAACGGCAAAUGAUGAUAGAAGUCUUCAAUUAGAAUAUAACCUUUACAAACCAAUACUUCAGAUGGAUCACAAUAAUGAUUUUAGGGACCAAUUUGUUAAAGCUUUAUUUGAUUUAGACGGUUUUAUUUGUGAAGAUAAAGUCACUGAUCCACCACCCACCGAAGCACCGAUAGUGUGUGGUGUUCCUAAAUUGGACGUUGUCUACGUCAUCGAUCGAUCAAAAUCAAUUGCUGAAACAGAUAUAAACAAGGUUAAAGAUUUCUUGGUAGAACUAAGCCGUAAGAUUCUGCAAACCUCUCCAGAAUCCUGGAUAGGAGCGCUUUCUUACAACCACAUUGUCCCUAUUCCUGAAAUGUUUCUUCAGGGCCCUGGCCUAAAGAGAGAUGAGAACACUAUAAUAAAAGGACUAAAAGACAUUGGUACUAAUACUGAUUGGGGAACGUACACUCACAAAGCAUUGAAGUAUGCUCGAACUAACAUAAACUACUUAAACAAUAACAAAAACAGAAAAGAUGCUAUGAAUUUGAUUAUACUGAUCACUGAUGGAGUAACAAACGUGUUGCCAUAUUUGACUAAGAAUCCUAAGAAGCAAGGGAAAUUUUCCAAGCCAUCAGUCAUUGAAGCCGGUCAUUUGAAACCUACAACUGAUCUGAUACUGAUCGGAUUGCCUAACAAACCAGCUGAAAAGUUGUUGCAAGGUAGUCCAAAAGACAGAAUAUUAGGGCAAGCCAAGAUAGAUGCUGGAGAAAAAGAGUGGAAAGAUAUGAUAGCAGCGAGGUAUCCCGAUGACCCAAAGAAGUUGAAAAGCAAUUUCUUUAAACUGGAGACUAUGGAAGGCCUGAUGGAGAGAUUUAAUGAUAUAUUGGCAACAGUAUGCGGUAGCAGUUCAGCCUAAUAUGAUGUAGUAUUAUGUAAAAAUAAAGAUUAAUUUGAUGAAA